GUGCCUGUUGUGAUUGACGUUAGUUUGACAUUGGUACUGACUGCUGUAGCCAAACAAGACUUUCUGUCAUAUCACUCAGUCACUGGUAUUCACUUCUGUCCUUUAAAUACCACGACGCCUGGACUCGGUUGAUUCGGAAGCACAGCUAUGUGCAGCUGUGUGCGGAGCUCCAGGGCUCUGUCCCCUGUCCUGCUCCCCCGGCUGCUGCACCCCCAGACGGGCUACAGAUUAGCUGGCAGGAGCCUCUGGACCACCCCCCACUGUAUGGCUGUCAGUGGAGACUCCCAGCUGCUCCCACUGCCCAGCCAGGCCCGUGUGGUGAUAUGUGGAGGGGGUGUUGUGGGGACAUCAGUCGCCUACCACCUGGCCAAAAUGGGCUGGACUGAUAUAGUGCUGCUGGAGCAGGGCAGACUUGGUGCAGGAACAACCAGACUAUGUGCUGGCAUUGUCAGUGUGGCCAAGCCUAUUUCCAUUGAGUGUCAAAUGGCAAACUACUCCAAUAGCCUUUACCAGCAGCUGGAGGAACAGACUGGGGUCAAAACAGGGUAUGUAAAGACGGGGUCUUUGUGUCUGGCCCAAAAUCAGGAUCGCUUCAUCUCUCUGAAGCGGCUGGCAUCCCGACUGAAGGUGAUGGGGAUCAGCUGUAACAUCAUUAAGCCUAAAGAAAUAGCCAAACUCCAUCCUCUUGUCAACAUUCAUGACCUGGUGGGGGCACUCCACCUGCCUGCAGACGCUGUGGUCUCUCCACCUGAUGUUAACCACGCCCUGGCUGUGGCUGCUGCUGGACAUGGCGUUCAGAUCUUGGAGCGAACCACUGUUCAGCAGGUUUUGGUAGAGAAGGGUCAAGUGCUGGCAGUUGAGACUGACCGUGGCUCCAUUGAGUGUGAAUAUUUCGUCAACUGUGCUGGACAGUGGGCAUAUGAGCUGGGCCAGGCUAGUGAGAUGAAGGUGUCCAUUCCUCUUCACGGCUGUGAACACUUCUACCUCCUCACCAAACCUCUCCGGGAGACACUUCAGCCCAACAUGCCAGUGGUUCUUGACAUGGAUGGCAGGAUAUAUGCACGGCCAUGGCAGGGAGGCCUUCUGUCCGGCGGCUUUGAGAAGAACCCAAAACCAAUCUUCACAGAGGGCCGCAACCAGCUGGAGAUACAGAACAUGCAGGAAGACUGGGACCACUUUGAACCAAUGCUGAGUGCCUUGUUGAGGAGGAUGCCUGGUCUGGAGUCAGCUGAGAUCCUUCAGCUUGUCAACUGUCCUGAGUCCUUCACCCCUGAUAUGCGCUGCCUGAUGGGAGAGACGCCGGGUGUCUCUGGCUACUAUGUGCUGGCAGGGAUGAACUCCUCUGGCCUGUCCCUUGCUGGAGGGGCUGGCAAGUACCUGGCUGAGUGGAUGACCUACGGCUACCCCACAGCCAACGUCUGGCCACUGGACGUCAAACGCUUUGGGAACUUGCAGAGCAGCCGAACCUUCCUGCGACACAGAGUAAUGGAAGUCGUGCCUCUGCUGUACGAACUGAAGGUUCCUCGCUGGGACUUUCAGACCGGGCGACAGCUGCGGACCAGCCCUCUGUAUGACCGUCUCGACACACAGGGAGCUCGCUGGAUGGAGAAACAUGGUUUUGAAAGGCCCAAAUACUUUGUUCCUCCGGGGAAAGAUCUGCUGUCUCUGGACCAGAGUAAGACCUUCUACAAGCCUGACUGGUUUGACAUUGUUGGAGCAGAAGUGAAAUGCUGCAAAGAGGCUGUCUGUGUCAUCGACAUGUCGUCCUUCACCAAGUUUGAACUGACUUCAACGAAGGAUCAGGCCCUGGACUUGCUGCAACAUUUGUGUGCCAACGACCUUGAUGUCCCUGUUGGACAUAUCGUCCACACUGGCAUGCUGAAUGAGAGGGGAGGCUAUGAAAAUGACUGCAGCGUGGUCCGCCUCAGCAAGAACAGCUUCUUCAUCAUCUCACCGUCAGACCAGCAGGUCCACUGUUGGUCCUGGAUAAAGAAACACAUGCCCAGUGACCCACACCUUCAUCUAGAGGAUGUCAGCUGGAAGUAUACUGCUUUGAAUCUGAUUGGACCUCGUGCAAUGGACGUUCUGGCUGAGCUGUCGUAUGUUUCCAUGACACCUGACCAUUUCCCCUCCAUGUUCUGUAAGGAGAUGAGUGUUGGCUACGCUAACGGGAUCAGAGUGAUGAGUAUGACUCACACUGGGGAGCCAGGUUUCAUGCUCUACAUACCUAUAGAGUAUGCUCUGCAUGUGUACAACGAGGUGAUGUCAGUGGGUCAGAAGUAUGGGAUUCGUAAUGCAGGGUACUACGCUCUGCGCAGCUUACGCAUAGAGAAAUUCUUUGCCUUCUGGGGCCAGGACCUCGACACCUUCACCACCCCGCUGGAAUGUGGACGGGAGUUCAGGGUGAAGUUUGACAAGGACACAGAUUUCCUCGGUCGUGAGGCCCUGAUGCAGCAGCGGCAGGACGGAGUCUCUCGGCGGUUUGUCAUGCUGGUUCUGGAGGACCAUGACACUGAGCUGGACCUGUGGCCGUGGUGGGGCGAGCCCAUCUACUGUAACGGUCAACUAGCCGGGGCGACCACCAGCAGCGCCUACAGCUACACCCUGGAGCGCCACGUCUGCCUUGGUUUUGUAUCUCCGCCGCCGGGACCAGAUGGGCUCCCCACACCCAUCACCCCAGACUUCAUCAACCGUGGGGACUACGAGGUGGACAUUGCUGGCCAGCGCUACCCAGCCAAAGCCAAACUGUACCCUUUCAGCUCCCUCUUCACCCAGCAGAAACGACGCAAGGACGACAUAGAGCUCAGCAACCUCCAGGGGAAGUGAUGCAGGCUAAUGGAAGGCCUCGCCUUUGCCUCAGUUGAGGCUUCAGUGACACUCCUUCAGUUCACCAAAUCCACUCCUGCACUUACCUUGCAGUGCCAACCUGUUGUCCCUUUUCUCGCUCCUAAUCUGAGGGCUGUAUGCACAAUCACUCCCUGUCCCUCCGAUAUUUAACUUCCACACUGCAUCUCCCUCUUUCAAAGUGCAAUAUUUAAGAGGCACCAAAAGCUUGAGCUGUAUCAAAUACAGAGCUCCUGUGUCGUCAAGAUCUGCAGUUCUUCUUUAGCCCUCACACUCAAACACAGCCCACACAGUCUGAACGGCUGGUGUACAGACAGCCUGCAGUUAAGUGCCUUUGUCAAGGCAACAUCAUCUAUAUGUGUUGUAGACUUUCACUUUGUUCACUUUAAACCAUCCAGAAGGGAUUCUGACCGACAAUCUUCUCUGGUAGUGUUCCAGUCACUGUAGCUUUUCGACACUGCACAGUCUGGGAGAGUGUGAAAGAAUUGUCAUUCAGUGCUGAUGUGCAAAUUCCUACACAGUCAGUGUAGCGAUUGACUUUAUUGUUCUUCACAAAUUGUAGAUUUGCUGCUGUAAACAAGAUGAGUGAUGUGGCCUAAUUCAGAUACUUUAUACUGUCCACUACUACUAUCAUCCCCACUACAUUAUCCUGAAAAAUGAAGGGUUAUAAGUUAAUUAAAUAUCCUUCUUAGUCAGGGGAAAAAAGGUCUGGGAAAUAUAUAAUCAUUAGUAACCUGUUGUGUUGUGUGUGGCCCAUUAUUCCUCCUCCAGUUGUGUUGAAAAGGCUUCACAGACUGGUCUAAAAGCCUCAGAUUGAAGCAAAAUGACCCUUUUUGACCUUGGCUCUCAUACCUUUUCAGCUGUCCUGUGUUGUCGAGCUUGUGGUUGUGUAUUUCAACCUGUUAUUUAUGUCUUUUGGUUGUUUUGAAGCGGCGUUGCUCUUUUGAUGUUGAUGAUGAAGUUUUGUUUUACUGAUGUGUUGCUGAAUGUGUGGUCGAUGUUUGGUGACCCACAGAUGAGGGAAAACUGCGACUGGACCUGUGCUCCCAGAGCCCACAAUAUCUUAGAUUGGCGAUUAGAUUUUUGCUUGAUUCAUAGUUCUCAUGUCUGUGUGAAGGAAGGACUUCAUUUGCAUUUGAAAUAAAGCAGUGUAUUUUUGUAUAGCUAGUGUGUAUAAAAUAUCUAUUUUCAGUACUGCACAUUUUUUCAAGUUCUAUCAGCUUUAUGAAUCAUCUUUACUAUGUACAUUGAUAUACAUUUAUCAAGUGAUUUAGUGUCACGUCCCCUCCACGGGUCAGAAGGCAGGGAGAGGUAUGGAGCUGGUAGAGAUGCUGUGCAGAACUAUGUUCUGAUAAAAGUGGCAGUUGAACGUGUGAUUCAUCCAGCCAUCAUACAGGGCAAACAUUCGACACCUGAGGGUUUAGCUAGUGUGUGAGCUCUGUGUUGUCAAAAGGCUCUGCAUCAAACUGUGUGUUGACCUGCUGGGAACCUAAAAACGCCUUACAGAUUUUGAGGUGCAAAAAAAUCAAUACAAGUGAUGAAAAAUAGAGAUACAUUGUGUAGAUAUCUCUCUGUAUUGCUGUUACCUCCAUACUUUAACAUUCGCUACACUAGUUUUGUGAUGCUGUUGCAGUCAGAGUUGCAAUACAUGAAUGAAGAUUAUUUGGCUCAAUCUUAUCUCUGGCAGUGAGAUAUUGGGAGUGAUUGUGUGUGCUGCAGGAGGAGGGUGGAAUAUCCUCAAAUAUAAACAAAAAGACAGACCCAGCAUGGAACCCACUGCGAUAACUCCCAGUGACAGACAGAUUUUCUUUUAUCUCUCUAUUUCCCUACUUGAAAUCCUCUGAUCUCAAGAGCAGAGAAUUCUCAGCAGCACCAGUUGAGUCUGUUUCAGGCCCGUCUGAAGCACCUCUAUGUCUGAAAAGGAUGAAAACUGCACUCUUUACAAUUGCGCACAAAAUAGGAAUAUGGGAAGUUUUGCCAAAUAGUACUUGUUAAUGCUUGUUUGUAACAGCUCACACAAAAAUGAAAAUCAAGUCAUUAUUUACUCAGCUUCAUGCAGAUGGAAAGUUUGGGGAAGUUCUGUAGUCCACAAAACAUUUCCGAGCUACAAAAAGUGUCUAUGCAGCUCGGCCAGCAUAAUCCAAACCUUCAGAAACCCUGAGGUUGCAGAUUGAAUUGAAAAUGUUUACAUUGAAUAUAUUUACUCACUCCUUUCAGACAGGCUGUAUGCUAACACUUCUAGAUUAGUGCCAACAGUGAAGAUUUGGCUGUAAAUAUGUUUUCAAAUGAAUUUGGAUUCUCGGGGCUUCUGGAGAAUUUAAUUACACUGGACAAAAUCAUCUACUACAGUUGAUUAGGAUAAUGCAACAACACUGUUUUGCUGUAAAGCCCCAGAAAUGUUUUGUGGACAUUGAAACUCACUCUGAUUUCCCUCCAUAUGGGGGUGAGCAGAUAAUGACUUUUCAUUUUUGCGUGAACUUUAAUUAGAUUUAGCUUUUGAUCAGUUUGCUUAUAUCUCAGGCUUCUCCACUAUACAUGAUGUACAUGGAGCCCUUCUCAAAUGUAGAACAAAGGGCUUAUUUCUCUUUUUGUGUGUUGUGUGUGUAAAAAGGCACUCAAGUUAAGUGAAACAUUUGCAUGUCAGAGUGCAGUGAAUCAUCAUCACUCUUUGUAUCCGUCUGCUUCAGUGCUGUGUCCUGACCUCCUGGUACCUGUGGCACCAGUGGUACCUUUGUUUUGGCUAUAUAUGAUUCACUUUUGUGGUCUCAUUUAUAUGACUUAUUUCAUUCUGUUAAUUUUUUUCAUAUCAGUAUUGUAUAAAUAAGGUCCCAUUAAUAGCAGUUAAUAAUUGUGUGAUGAGGACACCUCUGGAUUCCUUGUACAGGUGACUGAAAGACAAACUGCUGUGUUGACACUGAUCUCAUGUGAGUGAGUAACUGAAGGGCCACAAGAAUUUGCACUAAACCAGGACAGCCUGAGUCUGCUGUUUAUACUCUUACUCUGUUUGUGGCAAUCACAUGGUUUCUGUGUUAUUUUAGAUAUUCAGAAUCUGAGUUUCUUUCAUUGUCAAAGGUUGAGAAAGAAUUCAGUACACUUACUGAAAAAAAAAAAAAACAUUAGGAAAAAAAUGGAAAUUUACAGUUAAUUUAACAUAAGUUAAUAGUUCAUUGUACACCAAUGGAAUGUGUUAUUUACCAUUUAUUAAAGGUGGAAUUUCAUUUGAAGACAUUCAGCAAUUAAUUUAGUCAAACUAAAAUUAUCAAUGACAAUAAGUUUCAACAGUUUCAACGUCUUUUUCUUGAGUUGCAGAGAUAUCUACUUGUUAGCAUGCUAACCAGCCCGUUGCUGUCCAACAUUCCUGUCCCAGUGGUGUAAAGCUCUGAGUCUGGACUACUACAUGUUCAGCUAAAUGAGUUAUCUAGCUAACAGCAGCUACAGUUAGCAGCACUUAGCUGCUACUCAAGUGACACGCCUGUUUAUUUCAGUAUGAAUUUGACGAGCAGCCAGUUCCUAAAUAUUGCACCUUUGAGCAAUUGUAAAGGUUCAUGAACAUCAGUUGCAACUUCUACAACUAUGAAUUGCUUAGUAAAGGGUUUAUAAUGCAUUACAUUAGGAAACAAUAACUAGUUUAAUUAACAACACAUUUACCAUUUAUUAAUGAUAUUUAUUGUUUAAUGUCAAACUAUCGCUGAAUAUCAAAUAUGAAGCAUCUGAUCUGAAAAGCAAAAGAAACAUGAAUGGUAAAAAGUGAACAUCAGUGAAGUUCUGUACUAGUCUGUUGUAUUGCUAACUAACAGGUGUAGUCUUUUCUCUUUCAAACACAUCAACACUCCACACCACUUGAUAAGUUUGGUGCAUGUUUGUCUCUCGUGUAAUGUUUCCAUUUUAACAUGACUUGUACUUGACUGAUUUGUAAAUGCCAGCUUUUUCUUCAGAGCUUUACAAUAAUGUAUUUAUAUCAUGUGCAACGACGUUUGGCUGUCCAAUGUACUUAAAGUAAUAAAGAAAGAGAACUUUGUUCGUACAAGAAA